AUGGCGUCUCAACAAUCUCAUCCAUCCUUGUCUAACAGCGAAUAUAAGCUUGACGGCCCUCCAUCGCAGUUAGGGCGAUAUACGGAAAAGCAGCUGCAGCCAAGAGACUGCACAACUACUGACCUCGGUCCACCACCAGAUGGAGGACGAGAGGCUUGGCUAGUUGUUGCUGGGGGCUUUUGCGCCAAUUUUGCUAGUUUUGGAUGGAUUAAUUAUGCGCUGGUCUUGAUCAUCUAG